AUGGAUGUGUUUUAUGCUUACACGUACGGCACGGCGGUAUGGCUUGGAAUGCAAGCUGUACCGUUGCUUGUCAUGCCCAAGCUAAUAAUCAUGAUGCUGGCGGAAGAUGGACAUCAGACCUCAGAUGUCGAAAUAUAUCUCAGUCGAUCUCUCGGCCUUGCGCUGGUGUUAAUUGCGCUAAUAACCAUGUUCUUCACGGGAACAAUUCCACUAUCAUCGAGCAUAAGUGAACCGGUUAGUCUGGAGGACAACGAUCCCAAGGCCCCCUACGCCCGGCCAAUUCUACAAAUCACCACCAUCUUCCACAGCCUGAGCACGACGUACUGCUACAUGCGGUAUGUCAACUACGAACAAACCGCGUAUGUGCUCGGGGCUCUGGGGUACGGAAUCAUGGCUAGCGUGGGAAUAUGGAGUGUGAUAUUUGGGAGCACGGAGGCCAGGCGGUCCAAGAGGACAGGCGCAGAUAAGAGAACGUCGGGGUUUCCUUUCAAGAACUCACAAGCUUAUGACAAAAGAAAGGACAGGAAGAUGGGGUGA